AUGGGGUCACCACCCGAGCACCACGAACAUACCUCGGUCUGGUGGCCCGAGGAUCGCAUCAAAGCCAUCCUCGAUACAAAGUACAUUGUCAGCCGCCUGCAACCGGACAAUGUCCCACGAUUAUUCGACCUUCCACGCUGGGGCGAAGGGCUCACCAGCGAAACCUACAUGGAAUGGAUAUUGCUCAAGGCAGGCCGGUUGUUUCUGAUCCUCGAUGCCAUCGGGAUUCCCGAUCGCAUCUUCGCUCUGGUGGACGAGUCAUGCGACGAUGACGAUCUUCCGAUCGCAGAACAGAAUGUGCAUCGACUAGGUCUCUCGCCGAUGGGGGCCACCGAUGCUGCCCUCGAGACCAAAUUCUUCCUUACCCAAUGGCGGUAUCUUGUUCGUGGGAUCGGGCAAGGCGAGCAUGUCGUUUAUACACCAAACGAAGGGGUCCCUGUGGAAGUGGCCCGCGCGACGACUGGCAUCAGCACCAGCACCAGCAUCCAAGGCCGUGAUGAUACCGCAGAUCAAGUGAUUCUCGCGGGGACGGUAUGUCGCAUGUAUCUACGUACUCAGAUCCAAGUCGGUGGCGCUCCGCACUUCUUUUCGGCGACUGAGGUACUCGAAGAGAUCCGCACGUUGCGACGCCUGGCGCAUCCGCAUCUCCUGUCCGUUUAUGCCUCGUAUUUCGUGGACGAUACGGUGUGCGUCUUGUUCGGCGCGGAAGCCGAGCGUACGCUUCACAGCUUCAUCGUGGACGAGCCGCCCAGUUUCUCCAAAUGGCAGUCCAAAGAGUUUCGCCGGCAGACCUUGAUCACCUGGCCGCACUGCCUUGCCGCGGCGCUGGCAUGGCUCCAUGCGCAAGGCUACGCGCAUACGGCCAUUCGUCCGUCCAACGUCCUGGUGGACUCGAGAUUUAAUAUUCUGUUGGGUCAGUUUCAGGCGCUGGACUCGUUACUCGCACCUCCACGGGUCAAUGACCUUGAAGCAUAUCAGUACUCGGCACCAGAACGCUGGGCGCGUACAGCAGCAGCAACAACGGCCGCAGGACCGGCCAUGGAGCCCACCUCUUCCAGCAAUACUCUGCUGCUUCCAUCCGGAGGCCGUACCGGACGACGCAAAAAGCCCUCUCCCUUGGCUCUUUCUGCUCUCCAAGAGAGUCGUUCAUCGUCUCCCGACGGUCCUCGUCCGGAUUCAGCCGCUUCUAAGGGCACCGUCAUUCGCAUCGGACUCUCUCGAUCUCCCUCGCGAUUCUCCCUGGGCUUCUCGUCCGCGUCUUCCUCUUCUGCAUCUUCGUCCUCCUCUGCAUAUGCUGCAUCCACUUUGGGCGGCACCGAUCCCCCAUCCACCACCACUCAGUCUCGCAGUGCCUUUUGGAGCCGAUCCCGAGCAUUCCUAUCCACUCCAUCCAUCACAUCAUCCAAAUCUUCCACAUCUACAUCUUCUUCCACGGAUUCUUCCUUCUCCUUCUCUCUCUCUCCUCCCUCUUUUCCCUUGUCUCCUUCCUCCUCGUCAUCAUCUUCUCUAGUCCAGGCAACCAGACCGGGAACAUCAACCACAUCGACCUCCUCUUCUUCGUCAACCUCAACCUCAACCUCCACCCCCUUCCAAUCCGAUAUCUUCUCCCUCGCAGCAAUCACCCUCGACAUCCUCACCCACCUCUGCAAACGUAGCCUCUCCGCCUUCACAUCCCACCGUGCCGCCCGCAACCGCUCCGCCGGCCGAGGCGGCGGCAUGGCAGACGCCUCCUUCCACUUAUCCCGCAACGCCAUCCAGAUUCAAAGCUGGAUCACCCUACUCGAGGGCGAUGCACUGAAGCGCUGUCGUCGUGACCGGCCCAGUGAUCGGGCAUUUCACGCGGUACCGCGCAUGCUCAUCGUGCUACGGGCAAUGCUGGCCGCGGAGCCGGAGAAAAGACCGUCGGCGCGGAGGGUGAAGAGGGGAUUUGCGUCGGCGAUUAGGGAGGCUGAGAGUGGUGGGAAUUCGGGAUUGGGGCUGAGGUUGCACUGUGUUGAGGGGGAAGGAGGUCGAGAGGAAGAGGAGGGGGGAAAGCAGGGAGGAAGAAGGACAAGAAGGACCAGCAGGAGAAGAAGGACAUCAUCAGAGUAUAAAGAAGAGGAGAAAGUUGAGCUGAGCAAGACUCAUCCCUAUUCACGUGGUCACGAUGACACCUCGGUUCCGGACUUUGCUGCGUCCUCAUUAUCAUCCUCAUCGCUCCUUUCCACCGGGUUUGAAUUCGGUCUGUCCUACACAAGCAGUGACAGCGAGACCAACGAAACCAGCGAGGAUGGACACGGUAUCAAACCCCCCACAAAAUGA